AUGGUACGCCACUCACGCUCUCCACCACGUCGCCAGCGGGGUGACGAUGAAGAUCGAAAUGUAAGAAGGGGUAGCGACUAUCGCAGAGCUGAGAAGACUCGGGAUGACGGUGGAUACGAACGGAGGAGUAGAGAAACCGGCGAAUCAAAAUGGGGCAGAGACGAUGAACGGCCAAGAAGAGAAGAGAGGCGGCCUGACCGUCGCGAGUAUCACGAGGACGAUCGAGAGAGAGAGAGGAAUAGAGACAGGGAGAGGUAUGAUGAUCGCGCACGGGAGGGAGAUAGAGGGCACGACAGAGAUUAUGUCGCUCGUUCGUCCAAUGGUCGCCGUCGGUCCGCAUCACCCCCAUCUCGAACUUCCAGACCACGCGAUGCAGCAUCUGGCUCGAAAUCCCCGGGAGAUGAACCUCCCAUUGACAUGGCGAAACCCAAUUUUGCUCCCUCUGGACUGCUUGCGGCGGAAACUAAUACUGUCAAAGCCGUGGAUGGCACGAGCACUGUUCUGAAAUACAACGAACCGCCCGAAGCCAGAAAGCCAGUGCUGGGGUGGAGACUUUACGUAUUCAGAGGAAGCGAACAACUGGAAUUACUGCACAUUCACCGGCAAAGUGCAUACCUCAUUGGAAGGGACCGCUUGGUUGCAGAUAUUGCUAUAGAUCACCCAUCGUGUUCGAAGCAGCAUGCCGUGAUACAAUAUCGCUAUGUCCGGGAGAAAGACGAGUUCGGCGAUUCUAAAGGAAUUGUCAAGCCUUUUGUCAUUGACCUUGAAUCAACCAAUGGAACCCACGUCAAUGACGAGGCUAUUCCAGCAGCACGAUACUAUGAGCUCAAGGCUGGCGAUGUCAUCAAGUUUGGACAAUCGACGAGGGAAUACGUCCUUCUUCAUGAUGAAGCCUCGUGA